AUGGAUGUCUGUGGAGAUCAUUACAUCUCUGAAGGAAGGGAUUGGGAUUGGGAUUGGGAUUUGGAUCACCUCUUGGAUAACUUCCCGCUACCAUCACCGGAGGAUCUGAUUUUUUUCGAUAUAGAUGUCGAUCCCUCUUCCCUUCCCGAUGUUUCUUCUGUCAACCAAAUAGCAAGUCCGUCUCCGGAUUCUGCUUUGCCUUCUUUUGCCAUCGGCGACAUCGAGCAAUUGCUGAUGAAAGACGAUGACAGACACAGUGACAAAUCAGUUGCCGAGGACCCGCUUCCUAUGUAUGAAUCCUGCAACGCCUUCUUGUCGGAUAUUCUUCUUCAUUCGCCUGUUGAAUCCCAUCGAUCUGCCGAAGUUAUUGAUAUCUCCGAAUCCGACGGUAAGAAUUCUAAUGAUUCAGAGGAGGAUGAGGAUAAAAUCCAUGCAGGCGAGCGAAAAAAUAACGAAAACAACAACGUAGAUUGUCAUGAUGAUGAUCCAAUUUCUAAGAAACGCAAAAGGCAACUGAGGAAUCGGGAUGCUGCUAUGAAAUCUCGUGAGAGGAAGAAGAUGUACGUGAAGGAUCUGGAGAUGAAGAGUAGGUACUAUGAAGCGGAAUGCAAGAGACUCGGAAUGGUGCUCCAGUGCUGUUUCGCAGAGAAUCAAGCAUUACGCCUUUCCUUGCAGAAUACCAAGGCCUUUGAUGCUUAUAGGACCAAGCAGGAGUCUGCUGUGCUCGUGUUGGAAUCCCUGCUGUUGGGUUCCCUGCUUUGGUUCCUGGGCAUCAUGUGCCUGUUCAUCCUGCCCAGUCAGCUCCAAUCGACCAUCUUAGUAGUUCCAAUGGAAAACGUGGACAACAAAAGUCAAGAAGGUCUGGUUCAAAGAAAGGCAGGAAGUGAGAAUUUUGGACUUCUGGUGUUUCAAUCCUUUAUGAUGAGCAAAAGAUGCAAAGCAUCAAGGUCAAGAAUGAAACCAAGUUCCCCUGCUAUUAAACUUUUGGUGUGA